CACCAUGUAAUUAUCAUCAUAAAAUUAAAAUUAGAAUACAAAUUUAAUAAAAAGCUCUCCUUAUUUAAAUUUCUUUUUCUUUUUCUUUUUCUUUUUCAAUUAAAAUUGUAUACAGUGGUGUAUUGUAUUUUGUUCCACUUUAUUGUUGGUUUCAAAUUUGAAGCUUCGAAAUCUGAGUCUGAGGGAAAAAGGCAAAAAGCAGAGGGAGGGAGCAAUGGCGGAACACAAGAACCGCUGGAGCUGGGAUGUCACCGGAUUCGAGCCUUGGAAGUCCUCGCCGUCGUCCUCGCCGCCGGUCGAUCAAGUCGAUCGGAAACCUACUGCGCCACUUGUGAGACGCUACUCCGUUUCGCCCUCGUCUGUUCUUCCUCCGCAGUCAAAGCAGUCCACGGCAUCCAAGGUUCAGCGCCUGCAGGAAAGGCUCAAGCUUGCUAAAGAAGACCAUUUGCAGCUCAGACAUGAAGUGAGUGAACUUCAAGAAUAUUCAAAUGCAAAACUUGAUCGAGUUACACGAUAUCUUGGUGUUCUUGCUGAGAAAACCCGAAAGCUAGAUCAAGUUGCGCUUGAAACUGAAGCAAGAAUAUCUCCAAUAAUCAAUGAGAAAAGGAGAUUGUUCAAUGAUUUAUUGACAUCUAAAGGAAAUAUUCGAGUAUUUUGCCGGACAAGGCCGUCAUUUGAAGAUGAAGGUCCCUCAGUUGUUGAAUUUCCAGAUGACUACACAAUUCGUGUAAAUACUGGUGAUGAAUCCUUGUCCAAUACAAAGAAAGAUUUUGAAUUUGACCGGGUCUAUGGACCUCAUGUUGGACAAGCUGAAUUAUUCAAUGAUGUUCAACCACUGGUGCAGUCAGCUUUGGAUGGAUAUAAUGUUUCCAUAUUUGCAUAUGGACAAACCCAUUCUGGAAAGACACAUACUAUGGAAGGAUCAAGCUAUGAUCGAGGUUUAUAUGCGCGAUGUUUUGAGGAGUUGUUUGAUUUAGCCAAUUCAGAUACAACCUCUACUUCUCAAUAUAAAUUUGGCGUUACAGUUUGUGAGCUCUACAAUGAACAGACAACAGACCUGCUUUUGGAGUCAGGAAAAAGUAUGCCUAAACUCUGCUUUGGAUCACCUGAAUGUUUUGUAGAACUGGUGCAGGAAAAAGUUGACAACCCUCUGGAGUUCUCUAGGUCUUUGAAAGCCGCAUUUCAGAGUCGAGGAAAUGAUUUAUCAAAGAUUAAUGUAUCUCAUUUGAUUGUCACAAUACACAUAUUUUACAACAAUAUGAUCACUGGUGAAAAUUCAUAUAGCAAACUCUCUUUGGUUGACUUGGCUGGAAGUGAAGGUUCAAUAACAGAAGAUGAUAGUGGUGAGCGUGUCACAGAUUUGCUGCAUGUUAUGAAAUCACUUUCAGCAUUGGGUGAUGUUUUAUCUUCUUUAACAUCAAAGAAGGAUGUCAUUCCUUACGAAAAUUCUGUGUUAACAAACCUCCUUGCUGAUUCACUUGGGGGGAGUUCAAAAACCUUGAUGAUUGUUAAUGUGUGUCCAAAUUUUUCAAACUUAUCUGAGACAUUAUCAUCGCUCAAUUUCUCUACCAGAGCUCGAAAUGCUGUAUUAAGUCUUGGGAACCGAGAUACAAUAAAGAAGUGGAGAGACAUUGCAAAUGACGCCCGUAAGGAGUUGUAUGAUAAUGAAAAAGAAAUCCAUGACCUGAAGCAAGAGGGUCUGCGGCUCAAGCAAGCACUUAAAGACGCAAAUGAUCAGUGUGUUUUACUCUUCAAUGAAGUACAGAAGGCGUGGAAAGUUUCUUCUGCUUUGCAGACAGAUUUGAAGUCAGAGCAUAUUUUGCUGUCAGAUAAACAUAAGAUAGAGAAAGAACAAAAUACUCAGCUUCGAAGUCAAGUUGCUCAACUGUUAGAGUUGGAGCAAGAUCAGAAGUUGCAGAUACAACAGCAAGAUUCAACAAUCCAAACUUUGCAGGAUAAAAUUAAAACCCUUGAAACUCAACUCAAUGAGGCUGUUAAACUGAGCAAAACUAGGUCAACUUCUGCCUCAGAACCAGAAUCUGAAGCUCUAUCCGAUACCAGGCCAACUGCAGAUGCUGUGGAUUCUUCUGCAGUAACUAAAAAACUAGAAGAGGAACUCAAGAAACGUGAUGCUCUUAUUGAGAGGUUGCAUGAGGAAAAUGAGAAACUGUUUGAUAGAUUAACUCAGAAAACAUCUGCUGCUCAAUCACCUCAGCUGUCAAGUCCAUUAUCUCGAGGAUUGGUUAAUGUUCAGCCUCAAGAUAUCGGGAGGAAUGGAACCAGCAACAAUACAAGAUCUCGUUCUGUGGAUGUCCCUCCUCCAUCUUUGGCCACUGAUAAGAAUGAUGGCACAGUUGCUUUGGUUAAAUCUGGCUCCGAAGUAGUUAAGACUACCCCUGCUGGUGAAUAUCUUACUACCGCCCUGAAUGACUUUGAUCCAGAUCAAUAUGAUGGGCAUGCUGCCAUUUCUGAUGGUGCAAACAAGCUUUUGAUGCUGGUGCUUGCUGCUGUCAUCAAAGCUGGUGCCUCUCGAGAGCAUGAGAUACUUGCUGAAAUUAGGGAUGCUGUUUUCUCUUUUAUCAGGAAAAUGGAACCGAAGCGAGUAAUGGACACUAUGCUUGUUUCCCGUGUUAGAAUCCUGUAUAUAAGAUCUUUGCUUGCCAGAUCUCCAGAGUUACAAUCAAUUAAGGUCUUGCCAGUUGAGUGCUUUCUUGAGAAGCCUAAUACUGGACGCAGCAGAAGUUCCAGCCGGGCGAGUAGUCCUGGAAGGUCUCCUGUGCAAUAUGUUGAUGAGCAGAUCCAAGGAUUUAAAGUGAAUCUAAAGCCAGAUAGGAAGUCCAAAUUUUCAUCUGUUGUGUUGAAGAUACGUGGGAUUGAUGAGGACAUAUGGAGACAGCAGGUAACUGGUGGAAAGCUUAGGGAAAUUACCGAGGACGCCAAAGGUUUUGCUAUUGGAAAUAAGGCUCUUGCUGCGCUUUUUGUACAUACCCCUGCAGGUGAGCUGCAGCGUCAAAUUAGAUCCUGGCUUGCAGAGAACUUUGACUUCCUAUCUGUUACUGCAAAUGAUGCUUCGGGGGGAUCAACUGGUCAGUUGGAACUUCUUUCAACUGCAAUAAUGGAUGGUUGGACGGCUGGACUUGGUGCUGCUAUGCCUCCCCAGACUGAUGCCCUUGGCCAGCUAUUAUUUGAAUAUUCAAAACGUGUCUAUUCUUCUCAACUACAACACUUGAAGGAUAUUGCUGGUACCUUGGCAAUGGAAGAGGCUGAAGAUGCGGCACAAGUAGCGAAGCUGCGUUCGGCUCUAGAGUCUGUUGAUCACAAAAGAAGAAAGAUUCUGCAGCAAAUGAGAAGUGAUGUGGCUUUAUUGACAUUGGAAAAGGGCGGUUCAUCUAUUCAAAAUCCUUCUACUGCAGCCGAGGAUGCACGAUUAGCAUCUCUCAUUUCUCUUGAUGGCAUAAUAAAGCGAGUCAAGGAUAUAACGAAACUUUCUUCUGUGAAUAUCUUGAGCAAAAGUAAGAAAAGAACAUUCCUGGCUUCUCUUGACGAACUAACAGAACAGAUGCCUUCACUCCUUGAGAUUGACCAUCCAUGUGCUCAGAGGAACAUAGCAGAAGCUCGUCGAAUGGUUGAGUCAAUUCCAGAAGAAGAUGACUCCGUUCAAGAUCUACAACAGGCUCGUAGGUUAUCAAUGGAUCCUGGCUCUGGAUCCGAAAUUGAUGUAGCACAGUGGAAUGUGCUACAAUUCAAUACAGGCACUUCCUCACCAUUUAUAAUCAAAUGUGGAGCAAACUCUAGUUCAGAACUAGUCAUUAAAGCUGAUGCACGAGUUCAGGAACCUAAAGGUGGUGAGAUAGUGAGGGUUGCCCCUAGACCAUCCAUACUGGAAAAUAUGAGUUUGGAUGAAAUGAAACAGAUAUUUGCAGAACUACCCGAGUCUCUAAGCUUGCUUGCCCUAGCAAGAACAGCAGACGGUACGCGAGCCCGGUAUUCUAGAUUAUAUAAGACCUUGGCUUCAAAGGUUCCAUCACUUAAGGAUCUGGUCAAUGAACUUGAAAAGGGGCGGUGAGAACAUAACCUUCAAAGGGCUAAGGUGUUUUCAUCUUCCAAGUUGUAUACGUGCCUCCAAUUAAGUUUGCAUUGCAUAUUCGUUGUCUUGCGUUUGCUUUAUUCUUUGGGAGGCCAAAUGUAAUGUAUGUACCAUAUACUCGAACCUCUUGCAAUUUAUUAGUGGUAAUUAUCUUUCUAUUUUUUUUA